AUGCCCCCCUCUCAGGAUCUGCCGAACAUUCUCCGUGGUCCAGGUGAUUAUGAGGUUACAACUCGCUUGCACAACGAUACCUACCCUGAGAUUGACCCUUGUCAAUUGAAUCUCAAGGGCAAAAGUGUAUUCAUCACUGGGGGAUCACGCGGGAUUGGCUGGUCCAUGGCACUGUCCUUUGCCAAGGCUGGUAUAUCUAGAAUUGCCGUUGGGGCACGUUCACCAUUGGACGGCCUGGAGAAAGCGAUUGCGGAAGCUUGUUUGAACUCAGCAGAAUUUCUGCCCGUAAGAUUGGACGUCACAGAUGAAGCUAGCGUUGCUGCAGCAGCGGCAGAGGUGGAACAAAAGUUCGGCAAGCUCAAUUUUCUGGUCAACAAUGCCGGAAUAUUAGGAAAGUAUGGUCUCAUUGCCGACUCGAAUCCCGACGAAUGGUGGAAUGUGUUGAAUGUCAACCUCCGAGGCCCUUAUCUGGUUACACGCGCUUUUUUACCCCUUCUUCUCAAGGCCGGUGAAGAGGAGAAGUACAUCGUGAAUGUUUGCAGCGUGGGUGCCCAUCUGACCAAUCCGACAUUGAGUAGCUAUCAGGUGGCAAAGAAUGCUGUGCUGAAGCUCACGGCAUUGACAAAUGCGGAAUAUGGCCCUGAAGUUAUCACGUUCGCUAUUCACCCUGGAAAUAUUCCGACAGAUAUCAUGGGAGGGCCAGAUGCGAUUCCACCGCAUCACAAGCAUGUCUUUGUUGAAACACCGGAGCUCAGUGGAGAUUCUGUGGCAUUCUUGGUGUCUGAGAAGCGGGAAUGGCUUGGGGGCAGAUACAUCAAUUGCACCUGGGAUUUGCCGGAACUGAUUUCGAAAGAGGCUGAAAUUGUGCGAGGAGACAAGUUGAAGACCAAAUUCGACUUUGUCAUUGGCAUCUAA